CGCGGGAGGAGAAGGGUAGGAAAACUUCAAAGGCUGCAGGUUGCCAUGGCAGCUGUCACUCAGGCCAUUUCCAUGGUGACGGGGUGGAGAGGGGCGGGGGUGUUGUGCUGGUUGCACCGCUGGGGCACAAGUCCGGGCUCCCCCUUUGCAAGAGGCUUGACUGCUUCGUCCCAGGCGGUGGUCGUCCGACGCAGUUUUGGGUCCCGAGCAGCGGCCAUGGCGGCUCUGAAGGUUGGAGAUAAGCUCCCCAGCGUGGAAGUCUAUGAGGCAGACCCUGGCAACAAGGUGAACGUGGCCAGCCUCUUCAAAGGCAAGAAAGGGAUUCUUUUUGGAGUGCCCGGGGCAUUCACCCCUGGUUGUUCAAAGACCCACCUCCCAGGUUAUGUGGAGAAAGCAGGUCAGCUGAAAGGCAAAGGAGUGGAAAUCAUUGCCUGCCUCUCGGUCAACGAUGUCUUUGUCAUGAACGAGUGGGGGAAAGCUCAUCAGGCUGAGGGCAAGGUGCGGAUGUUAGCAGAUCCAACAGGGGCGUUUGGAAAGAUGGAAACCCUGAAGAGUCUGACAGACUCAACCGGUGACCUGUCUCCUACGGCCUGGGAGAAGAAGAGACAGCAGGGCCCCAAAGAAUGUUUCCUUCAGCUAGUCAGUGGCGACUUCCUUAUCCAUGUCAUGGAAAUAAUGUUCUUUGUGGAGAACCCCGGCACAGCCCUGCCACACCCCACACCGGCACACGCCUAG